UCCCAUUUCUUGCGUUAACCAAAAAAAAAAAAAGCCUUCUUUUAUUAGUUUCGGUUUCGCUAAAACUCAAUCAAAAUCCACAAACCCUUCGAUUUCUCUGAAGAAGAAGAAGAUGAAGAAGAUCUUCGGCGUCAAGAAGGAGAAAGAGCCUCCUCCGUCCAUCAACGACGCCUCAGACAGGAUCAAUAAAAGAGGCGAAACAGUGGAUGAGAAGAUCAAAAAGCUUGAUGUUGAACUCAGUAGAUAUAAAGAACAGUUAAAAAAAACAAGACCUGGUCCUGCUCAAGAAGCUAUUAAAGCUCGAGCCAUGAGGGUUCUCAAGCAAAAGCGAAU